AUGGUGCCCAGCAAAGCAACUUUCUCCAAGGACAAGAUGAAGGGCAUCCCAAUGACAAAGCUCAUCGUUUUAUGGCAGUGGGUUUUUGUACUGCUGUUUCUUCCUUGCAGUGCCUUGGCUGCUUGUGAUCAAGUGGAUCACAACGCUCUCUUGUCUCUGGCUUUCAAGGUCUCAUCACCAUUGAACUGGUCUGCUUCCUCCGACUGCCGCCAUUGGGAAGGAAUACUCUGUGGUCUUGAUGAUCGAGUAGUUCAUCUUUGGCUGCCUGGGAGAGGUUUAAGCAGUACAAUCUCUCCAGCUAUCACUAACCUCACCUAUCUAACCCACCUUGAUCUCUCCCACAAUUCUCUGUUGGGUGUUCUCCCGGAUGGUUUGUUCCAAUCCCUGUUUCGCCUUCAAGUUCUGGACUUGAGCUUCAAUCGGCUCAACGGCAAUCUACCACUUUCAUCAGACGAUGCCAGCAAGAUUGAGAUUGUAGACUUGUCCAGCAAUUACUUCAAUGGAACAAUCCCAUCGUCGAUCCUCAUCCCAUCCAUCGCUGCUGGCUCUCUCUCCAUUUUCAAUGUCAGCAAUAACAGCUUUGCUGGCUCCAUUCCCAUCUCUGUUUUCUGCAAAAAUGGCAGUAAACCCAGCAGCCUCACCAUCUUGGACUUCUCCUCCAACAAAUUCACUGACCACAUUCCCAUUGGACUAGGCUCUUGUUCCCACCUCCAAGUCCUUCGCGCAGGAUACAAUGAUCUCUUUGGUCCUCUCCCUGAUGACAUUUUCAACCUUGCUGAUCUCCAAAGGCUCUCUCUGCCUGUCAAUCGUUUGUCAGGUCCCAUUGGUGAUGGCAUUGUGCGUUUAAUCAACCUGAAGAUCUUGGAGCUCUACUCGAACCAGUUCGUUGGGUCAAUUCCAGUCCAAAUCGGUAACCUUUUCCUGUUGGAAAAGCUAGUUCUUCAUAACAACAACCUCACAGGUUCCUUGCCUCCAUCUCUUGCAAACUGCACAAAUCUAUCCGCCUUGAAUUUGCGUGUCAACAACUUGGCAGGAGAGCUCUCUUCCUUCAAUUUCUCUAAUCUCAAACACCUCACAAUACUCGACCUUGGUAACAACAACUUCUCUGGUGAGUUACCGCAAAGCCUCUACUCUUGCAAGUCAUUGACAGCAAUUCGAUUUGCCAGUAAUCGGCUCAGAGGCCAGAUAUCACCUGAAAUAGUUGGACUGGCAUCCCUGGCAUACCUCUCCAUCUCUAACAACAACCUUACCAAUGCCACCGGGGCUCUUAGAAUUUUAAGGGGUUGCAGGAAUCUGUCUACUCUGGUACUCUCCAAAAGUUUUGUGAAUGAACCUUUGCCAUAUGAUGAAGACCUAUCAGACCCUGAUGGGUUUCAGAAUAUACGGGUUUUUGCUCUAGGUGGUUGCAAUUUCACAGGUCGAGUUCCCACUUGGCUUGGCAAGCUUAAAAAUCUUAAAGUCUUGGACCUGUCAUUUAACCUCAUACAUGGUUCUAUACCCGGUUCGUUAGGUAGUCUGCCAAACCUUUUCUACAUAGAUUUGUCCCAUAACCUCCUUACUGGAGGAUUUCCUAGGGAGCUCUGUGGGAUGCCUAGUUUGACAUCAAAACAAGGCAUCCAUCUAGCGGACAGAGGUCGUAUAGAGUUGCCGGUCUUUACGAUUCCCCAAAAUGGAAGUGAUCAAUACCAGUACAAUCAACUGUCCAGCCUUCCCCCCGCUAUAUAUCUCGGUAAUAACAACCUCAGUGGCAACAUCCCCACCGAGAUAGGGCAGUUGCAGGUCAUUCUCGUGUUGGACCUUAGUCACAACACCUUCUCUGGCAGCAUCCCAGUUCAGAUAUCUAAUCUCACCAACUUGGAGGCGUUGCCUCUCUCCUAUAACCUCCUAUCUGGUGCAAUACCUGCCGCUCUCAAUGGUCUGCACUUGUCUUUCUUCAGUGUGGCAUACAAUGAUCUUCAGGGACCAGUGCCAUCUGGGGGUCAGUUCAAUACUUUUACCAAAUCAAGCUUCGAAGGGAAUCCAGGAUUAUGUGCUGCAAAUCACUUUUGCUCCCCAAGCCCUCCAAGCCCUCUAGCGUCUGCAGUUACUAAGAGAUCUUCAUAUAAGAUUCUUAGAGCGCUCAUCUUCGGGAUCACUUUCGGCAUUGCUUUUCGUAUUGGUAUUAGUAUUGAUAACACGAAAAUUCCAUUAAUAGGUUGGUGUGAGAAGAAAUUGAUUCAUCAAACAGGAGAAGUUGAUUUAGUGCGUGUUUAUUCAGACCUAUAA